CCGUCGUCUCCCAGCCCUCGCCCAACCGCCGCCCCUUCCCGCGGACGCCUCCUCCUCGCCGGCGAGAUGACGAAGCGCACCAAGAAGGCUGGAAUUGUUGGCAAAUAUGGUACCAGGUAUGGUGCCAGUUUGCGUAAGCAGAUCAAGAAGAUGGAGGUCUCCCAGCACUCCAAGUACUUCUGUGAGUUCUGUGGCAAGUUUGCUGUGAAGAGGAAAGCAGUUGGGAUCUGGGGAUGCAAGGACUGUGGCAAGGUUAAGGCUGGUGGUGCCUACACCAUGAACACUGCCAGUGCGGUCACAGUCAGGAGCACGAUCCGUCGCCUGAGGGAGCAGACUGAAGCCUGAUUGCUGUCAAUUCGAGCCUUUGGAUUUGUAGUUCAGUCGAGACUCGUGAAAUGCUAUUUAGUCAUGCGGUUAUCUACAUAUGUUGUAUCGAUUUGUAAGGAUCUGGCUACACUACUGCGUGAUGUGAUUCCUGAAUCUAGCUGUUUCCACCCGUUGUUAGACCCAGUUUAAAUA